AUCAUUGAAAUCGACAUAAACAUUCGCACGAUGUAAUCUCCGAGUUUGCUCUAAUCCUAAGUGCUCCUUUUUUGUUUUGAGUUUUCUCUGAUUUACUGCUGAUUUACUCAUAGUGGGACUUGAAGAAGGGUCCGUAUUGGGAAUUAUUUUAAUUUUUUUAUUUAGCCUUUACUUUCCAAAAAUCGCGACUAUCUUUCAAAAGUUCCAAGAACCAGAAGUGAUUUGCGAUGGGGGCCAAUUGGUCCACUAGCAAAAUGUACGAGGGGGAGUUUCCUUGUCAGAAUUUUUACGCCAGGGAGAGAAUUUCUGAAAUUUGCAGACCCCAAUCGGAACCAUGUAUUCGAAAUGUGACAAGAUUCGUCGAUUUCCUGAUUUCCAACGUAAAAGGGCUCAAGGACGAGUUGAGAAAAAUUGAGUACCACAUAUCUCUCUCCCAGUUUGAACGUCAUCUUUUGGAGUAUUCAUACGAAACCUACGGAUGGAUGAUGUUAAUAAUAGAAGACUGGGAAGGACACCUACUUGCCUUGCAACCUCAAGAAGAACCGACAUCGUGGUCCUUCAUCAUCCAGAAGGAAAGAAAAAGAAACAAGACCUCGGAUUAUACCUUAGUUUAAUAUACCUUUAUUUUCUAUAGAUAUA